CGAAAGCGGGUGGAAGGGCGCGUGCCUGCUCAGUUCUGACCCCCGCAAAAGAGGGGGUGGGGUGGGGGGAAAUCGGAGAGCUCCAAAGAGCGAAAGACGUGCACAGGAAGGAAAGACCAGCCGAAACCAUUGCACUCGCCGACCUUUUUUCUAUCCGCUCCCUGUUUCCUGCUGGGUGGCUACUUCCUCUUUCUGUGACCCCCUUUCUUUUACUACCUGUGUACAGCAUUUGGUGAAGCCCUAUGACUUAAAUUUCUCGGUUGGCAACUGCAUUUCCUUCACCCUCUCCUCGGAGCUUCACUUGUAUUUUCUAAGGGCGUCUUUUUUCAUCAGGAUAUAUAUUAUCAUGCAGCUAUAUAAUCCGAAAUUAUAGCAGGAGUUGAGAGAGAGGGAGGGAAAAAUAAUCACCAGCGGAAUGAUAAUCCUUACUUGUGAGGGGUUACAUUCUGUUUUUUUGCAUACCUGUCCAGGCUUGGUUUAUUUUUUUUUUUUUUGAAUUUAUAAUUGCAAAUGGAUGUCUCUAAAACAGUCUGCCAGGAAGCUGGUAAAUUGCCUCCCCUUUUACCAGACGGUGUCUGUGCAAAUGAUCCUGGACUUGUCAAGCAAGACCAUUCACACAGUCCAUCAUCUCCUUUCUUUGGCAACACUGAAUUGCAAUCUGUUGCUCCUUUCAACAGGAAGGCAGGAGGAAAGUGUAGGAUUCAAGUGUCUGUGAUUCUGCCAGUCUAUAAUGCUGAGUCUUGGCUGGAUGAAUGUCUGAAGUCGAUUCUGGAUCAAGAUUUCCAAGGUUCUAUUGAACUGUCUAUUUUUAAUGAUUCUAGCACGGAUAAUUCUAUUAAUAUAAUUGAAAAAUGGAAGAUUUUGUUGGAAGAAGCGGGCAUUCGGGUAGUACUGGGAGAAAAUUACUCAGCUCAUCCAGGUGGAGUUGGCUUUGCUAAAAAUUAUGCUAUUGAUCAGAGUUCAGGGGAGUAUCUCUGCUUUCUGGACUCGGAUGAUGUGAUGAUGCCCCAGAGAAUAAGGCUGCAAUGGGAAGCUAAUAUUAAGUAUCCAAGGAGUAUUAUAGGUUGCCAAAUUAAGAGAGAACCAGCUGAAGCAACUGAGCGCUAUACUAGGUGGAUCAAUAAUUUAACACAUGAUCAGCUUCUUACUCAGGUUUUCACAUCCCAUGGACCAACAGUAAUUAUGCCAACUUGGUUCUGUUCUCGGGAAUGGUUUUAUCUUGUUGGAAGAUUUAAUGAAGAAGGAAAGGGGACCCCAGAGGAUCUGCUUUUCUUUUAUGAACAUCUUCGAAAAGGCGGAGAAGUGUUUCGAGUUGACCAGUGCCUCCUCUUGUAUCGUUACCAUGCACAGGCAGCCACUCAUGCAGUUUUAGAGGAAACCAUCUGGACACACCGAGUCUUGUUUCUAGAGGAGAGAAUUCUUAGUAAUUGGACAUCCUUCACCAUUUGGAAUGCUGGCAAACAGGGCAGAAAACUUUUUAGAAGUUUAUCUCCAGCUAAUCAGAACAAAGUGACUGCAUUUUGUGAUGUGGAUAAAAAUAAAAUCACUAAAGGAUUUUACAUAUAUGAAGAAUCUAAGGAAACUUCCAAACCCAGAAUUCCAAUUCUUCAUUUCAAAGAAGCUUCCCCACCUUUAAUUAUUUGUGUGAAAUUGGAUCUCACAGAUGGACAGUUUGAGGAAAAUUUGAGCCUAUUGAAUUUGAAGGAAGGUGUGGAUUACUAUCAUUUUAAUUGAUGAGUGUGGUUUAUUGGCAAGCUUUUUAUCAUGAAACAUACUAGAGGAGAUACAAUAUUAUUUUAGUCAGGAUUAUUUUUCUCCAUCAUUUCUCUCAAAAGAAAUAUAAAUGCAUGCAAAUGUUAAAAUAUCUCAAUCAAUUAGCGGUAGCACAAGAUUAAGCUAGUGAGUUAAGAGUCAGCUCCACAGCAGGGAAAUGGCAGAUAGGGCUGUAUGAAUGUAGCCAAUUCACUUAAGAAAACUCUUUCCAGAAUUGAAUUCAGAAGGUGACAACAGCAAAUCUUUUCAGUAUUCCAAGAAAUCCAUAUUGAUGUGACUGUAAUAUUUUGAAAAGAUUUGAUGCCACUGGAUGAGGUGUGGAAGGCACAUCUUUAGUUACUGGGAAAAACUUCCUGUUUGCACAUAUGGAUUAAGAGGUGAAAAUGGUGGAAGACCUACAUAAUUAUAAGAUGCAAAUCAACAUGGAGACAAAUCUAACUAAUGGUACCUACUUUUAUCUUUUUCUUAUUGGUGUCUGGAGUAGUCAGUCCAUCAUUUUUUUGGCAACUCAACUUCUCAAAAUGAUGCAGAAGAAUUUCAGUUACAAUGUAGUAGAAUGUAAUUUUCAAAUUAAAAACUAUGUGUGCAUGAUGCUUAAUAUAGCCUGCAAAAUAAUGUUCCUCUUCAAAUAUAUCCAGCAUCUGUCUUGCCAUUACUUAACAUCAUGUCUUGACAAUAUCCACCAUAUCCCUUGUGUAAUGAAUAUGUUUAUGAGAUGGCACCACAGGCAGACACAGAAUUUUUAGGUUUGGGAUUAUUAUUUUUAGAAAGCCUUUACAAAUCAAGCAGUGUUAUCUCUUCUUUUCUAGAAAUUAUAUUACUAUUUUG